AUGGAUGUACUUUCUCGAAAACGACAUGGUCCCAGAAGUGUCAUGACAGGAAUAGGGAGGCGAAGGCGAAAAACCGAGAGCUCUAUAAUGAAAAGCAGUGUGGCACGGUCCAUCGUGACGAUGUGCUUCAAUGUGAUGCUCUGGGGAGUGGCGCUAUGGGCCACAGCAUCGGAUAGCGAGUCUUAUAUUCACGUUGCGGUGGAAAGCAUGUCAAAACCGGAAGUUGUGUCGAGAAAUUUGAGAUCGGAAUCCCCUCCAAGCACGGAUACGUCCAAUUUACAUUCUUCAAAGAACCUCCAUGGAAUGACAAACAUGAAAGUAUCUACAACGGAUUCUGCCAUGCAGCAGCUGGAACAAAAAGCUUCAGAACCAGCAUCUUCAGAGCCACCGAAUGAGUCGAAUUCACAAUUGGAAACAAUUUCUCCUAUUUUAUGUACCCAGAAGCUUGCCAAUCGAAAGUCAGAUUCCACAGAUCCCAACCAACAUUUGAAAGAAUCCGCUUACAAGCACAUCACCUUGACGGAUCCCAACAUGUAUAUUUCAUUACACGACGAAACGUUUGAUGAUAUGCGAUGGGCCUACAUCUACAAAAAGGGAAACUACUAUGAAACGGGAAUUACCGAACAGUUUCGAUCCAUCUUGCGAAAUACUACCCAACCGGGUUUGGUGAUCGAUGUGGGCAUGAACAUUGGAUGGUUUACGGUUUACUCGCGAGCCAUGGGACACAAGGUAGCUGGGUUCGAUCCGAAUCCCAUUAUGCACACGCGACUCUGCGAGUCCCUCAAAUUGAAUGGAUGGUUAGAGGAUAAUACGGUUCAAAGUUUUGCCUAUGGUUUGGGUGCAGAACCAGCAAUGCUGCAGUUUACAACGGGUAAGAACCCGGGAAAGGCAAGUUUCUUUGAAGAUCGAAUGGCGAAACGUUUCCGAAAGAAAUCAGAGGUUCCAGUAGUCCGACUAGAUGACGUCGCCGACCAACAUGGUUGGAUUACCGAUGUGAACACGCCUAUAUACCUUUGGAAACUUGAUGUAGAAGGAUACGAGUAUCAUGUGUUGGAAGGCUCCCGCAAACUCUUGCAAUCAAGGCGAGUUCAAAACAUUAUUUUGGAGAAUUCCGACCAUGAUCCCCAGCAUGUUGUCGACAUGUUUAUCCAGCUCUAUAGAGCUGGCUAUGAAAUGAAAAUGCUCAGUAGCACAGAAGGGAAACCUUGCCGACCCAAGCUGGUUGAAUCUCUCAACGAGAUGUUUGCCAAAGUUGCCACUAGUAGUGCUGAGAGUUUGUUGGACAAACCAGAAAUUGCCUUGUUCACGAGAGUUACUUACAAUAUUUGGUGGGUUCGACGGAAGGAUCACACAAUAGACAUAAAUAAGAAAUCAUAG